AUGGCUUCCGCUUCGCUCUCAUCAUCAACAAGCGAAACAAUUGUGCCUCAAAAGCAUUGCAAUAAGUAUCUUGAUGCACAACAAAACUAUGAAAAUGUCACUUUUAUUUGGCUUGAUCCUCAAUCACAAUCUAUGGGGAAUAUUGUUAAUGCACUCCGAAUGAUAAACAACUAUGUUCAAUCGUACACCGAUCCAUUAUCAUGUUUUACUUCUAUAGAGUCAUCAAAUGACAGAAUCUUUUUUAUCUGUGCAUCAACUAAUAUAGAUAUAAUUGCCACAGCAAAUGCUAUUGCAUCUGUUGAAGCUAUCUUCAUAUUGAAACUAGAUGAACAAUCAGUUAAAACAGAUUUUGUCAAACUCAUCGGUGUUUAUGAAGAACAAGAGCAAUUGCUUCUUGCAGUUAAAGAAACUCUUGAAAUGUUUCAACGAAUUAGAUUUGAAGAAUUUCUAUUCGAGGAAGAUAAUACGUUUCUCUGGUUACAAUUGUGGAGGAACGAGAUAAUGAUGCGAAAAUCAAAAAUUGGUAAACAGGAAUUUAUCGAAGUGGUUCAAAACUACUAUCGACACAAUAAUAAAAUACUUGCACUAAUAGAAACAUUAGACCAUUCCUAUACUGCAGCUGAUGCUCUUAGCUGGUGUUUACGGUUUCCAUUUCCUUCACGUUUUAUUAAUAAUGCACUCUACUCUCGAAAUAUGGAACAACUCAAAUUUUGUCGUUUUCUUAUCAGUGAUGCGUCACGUUUCUUACAACAACAAUCUAAGCACAAUUCAAGUAAACAAUUCUAUCGAGGCAUGAAAUUAUCUAGUGAACUUGUCGAGAAAUUUGUCAAAAAUAUUGGUAGACUCAUAUGUACCAGUUGGUUUUUAGUUUGUACCAAAUCAAGAAUAAUGGCAUUGGCAGCUGCUUCAUCACCAACGUGUCGUCCUGAUCUAAUACCAGUUUUAUUUAAAAUUGAUUGUGAUUCGACAACUCCAUAUGUUGAAUUGUCUAAAAAUGUCUCGUCGCCAAUUAUUGUAUUCGAUGUAUGUACUGCUUUCCGAAUUUUACACGUCUGUCAAGAUCAAAUGGUAGUUGUGAGGAUGAAAAUAGCCACUGAUGAUGGACGAAAAGUGGCUCGUGAAUAUAAGGAAAAACACCAAAGUAUACCUAUUGAAACAUUACUAGAUCAGCUUGUAAAUCCUUCAAAACCAUGCAUUCCGCAACAACCACCACUCAAUCAGCCUGUCAGAAAUAAAGAACAUCAAGCGUCACCACCACCUACAUCAAAGACAAUGCCUGUUGAUGUCAGUAGUUCAACAUACUCUGACCCUGAAUCGAGAGCAAGUACGUAUGAAGAAUGUGAAGAAAUUGAUUUGGCUUUGGAUGAAUAUCAACGUAUUGAACCGAUCUCAUCGCGUGAAAACGUCGAGAUUGUCAUAAAUACGGUAGACAAGGUUGACAAGCAAUCUGGGAAGAGAUGGAGAGAUUGUGUCAGACGUUAA